AUGGGCAAGCCGAAAAGGACUGUCCGCUUCCAGCACCGGACUGGUAGCGAGAUCUCGAAAGCCACGUCAGACACCAGCGAUGUAUCAGAGCCCUCGAGCCCGCGCGAAGACCGUGAGAACAAGGCAGACACCUCGUCACCCGAGGCACCUUCUGACGGCCAGAUUUCGGAAUACGAGAAAAAGAAGCAGACCUUCAUAACUCGCACGAUAUGGACCUUCGUGAUGAUCGCCGGGUUCUUUGUGGCCAUGUUUUCCGGGCACAUAUACCUCAUUGCUGUUGUUACGGCUAUUCAGAUUGUGUCUUUCAAGGAGGUCAUCGCUAUCGCCAACGUGCCUAGCAAGGCAAAAAAUCUCCGGUUCACCAAAGCUCUCAAUUGGUACUUCUUGACUACGACGAUGUACUUCCUCUACGGAGAAAGCGUCAUCUACUAUUUCAAACGUAUUCUGCUUGUCGAUCGCGUGCUUUUGCCGCUGGCUACGCACCAUCGGUUUAUUAGCUUUAUGCUCUAUCUGAUCGGCUUUGUAUUUUUCGUUGGCUCCCUACAGAAAGGGCAUUACAGAUUCCAAUUUACUCAGUUUGCAUGGACGCAUAUGGCACUGUUUCUUAUUGUUGUCCAGGCACAUUUUAUUAUGAACAAUAUCUUCGAGGGCAUGAUUUGGUUUUUCCUUCCUGUCUCGCUCGUCAUUACGAAUGAUAUUUUCGCCUAUAUCUGUGGGAUCACAUUCGGCCGCACGCAGCUUAUUAAACUAUCGCCUAAGAAGACGGUCGAAGGCUUUGUCGGCGCCUGGAUAUGCACCAUUCUCUUUGGCUUCGUCAUGACCAAUAUCCUGAUGCGAUAUAAGUACUUUACAUGCCCUGUAAACGACUUGGGUUCAAAUGUUCUGACAGGCCUGGAAUGCGACGUCAACCCCGUUUUCAAGCCACAAGUCUACCAGCUACCCCAAUGGACCCACUUCACACGAUCCUUUCAAAUUGCCCCAAUACAAUUUCAUAUUCUCAUGUUUGCAACUUUUGCUUCACUAAUUGCUCCCUUCGGAGGGUUUUUUGCCUCUGGGUUGAAACGGACCUUUAAGAUCAAGGAUUUUGGCGAAUCGAUACCUGGACACGGCGGUAUUACGGACCGCAUGGAUUGUCAAUUUAUCAUGGGAUUUUUUUCAUACAUGUACUACCACAGUUUUAUUGCACUGCACAAGACGAGCGUUGGCGACAUCAUCGAAACUGCCAUUACUGGGUUGACGGUUGACGACCAGCUUGAAGUUAUUAAAGGACUGAGUAAAUAUUUAUAUAAUCAAGGCGCGGUUUCGGAAAAGAUUCUUGAAUGUAUAAGCGGAGAUUUCAGACUCCCAAGGUGA